AUGGCGGCACAGGAAGCUGGACCAUUGCUGUGCACCACUGAAGGCAGCGGGAAAGGUGACGAAUCAGCCAAGCAGAGAGGUCGUUAUUCCACUCGAGUCGUGACUACCUCAGAGGAACACAUGAGAGCCUUUUCCAUAAAGCGACUGAAUCAAGUCCGACCCUCAAGCUUAGCCCCUCUGGCAGUGUUCAGGAAAGAUCAGGCCAGCGGACAAAGGAGGGCAAGAAUCAAGACUGCUAAUUCAAAAUUCAUUGCUAAGGGAGAUCUAGAUUACAAAGAAGACCAGCUGAAGAAGAAGCACCAUGAAACCCUUGUCCACAUUCAGCUUGAUCCUAAGGGAUGGCCUCUGUCAUGGGACUCCAUCACAGAUGAACCCCUCCCGACGCUGGACUCUUCCUUGGCAUGCUCGCCCGACCCACUGCAUGUUUCUUUGGCUUUCGGAGUAUCUCUAAUCCUGACCUCUGUCUGUCUGGGGGAGGUGCACCUCAACCCGGUGGUUACCCUGGCUUUGGUUGCAGGCUUGAGGGUAAGCCCCUGGCGGGCUGUCCUCUUGGUGGGAGCGCAACUGCUUGGUGCCCUCAGUGCCUGUGCUCUCCUGUUAGACAUCACGCCCACUGCCCUAAAGAGCAACCUGGGGGUUAAUGAGAUGUGGUUGAUGAGGGUUGGAGCUAAACUGGAUCUUCUGAUCUCUUCUCUACAUCAAUGUUCCCACACCCUGUUCUUGGAGAGAAAGUGGGGAAACAGUAAGAUGGGCAUGGAUGGAUGGAGGGAGAUAGAAAGUAAGAGAGAGAGAAGGGAAGAUAACAUAGUUUGCCAGGUGGCCCCGGGGGUAUAUCUGUAUCAAGCUCUGUUAGUGGAGAUGGCUGUUACAUUCCAGCUAGUGCUGUGUGUCCAGGCUGCCACUCAUCCCAAAUCAGCGUUUUCCUCCGUGGCCCCAGCCGUCAUCGGCCUGUCUGUCACCCUUGGUCAUCUUGUGGCAAUUGGCUUCACAGGCUGUGGAAUGAAUCCUGCCAGGUCAUUUGGUCCAGCUGUUCUAACUAUGAACUUCCACAAUCACUGGGUGUAUUGGGUGGGGCCUUGUGCUGGCUCUCUCCUUGCCUGGGUACUGCAUGACCUGGUUCUCCAUCCUCGUUGGAGCUGCCUUGGCGACUGGGUGACAGAAUGUAAAGAGACACUCCUGAAAGAUCUUUCCAAGCAGUCCAGAGGCCCUGAAAACCAUAUAGAAGCAUAGUCAUUCAAAUAAACCUUGUAUCUCCAUGCAAUAUUUUAGAGCGUCACUGAUUGAUUGUACAAUUUGUUUAUAAGUUUGCUUAGAAGACCGUCUAUAACUGACAGAGUUUGGUGGAUUGCAGAUAUGUAAUUCUGAGCUCAGAUCCUCAUGAAUCCAUGUACUCAGGACUGGUCCAAACAGCAUCUAAUCUCUCACUCCACUAGCACGACACAUGGACCUGUAGCCAAGCACUCUGUGUUUUUUGCAUCAGUGUGUUCAGCUAAAAUGAGCUUCCUUUUUUAUUAGUUUAUCUGCUAUAUUGUGCUGUUUUGUUUUCGUUUUCUUAACUUUAUGCCUCUUAUCUUUAUUAUCUUUGUGUAGUUUUGUCAAAUAAAAAAACAGUGCAUCAUAGAAUGUUGCCAAUGUUAGAAAAUUAGCUGAAAUUCAUUCUGAGCUUGUUGUCUUGGGUUUUGAGACUUAAUAGAAAUGCAUACAGUAUGACGUUAAACAAGCAAUAAGAGAAUGCAUAUUGUGUACUCAUGCACUCCUUUGAAAUGAAUAACCAUUCAUGUCAAUUCACCAUUAUUUCUAUAGUGAUUUAUACAAUACAGUUUGUGACA